UGUUUGAUUGAUUGUCAAUGUACUCUGUUGUGCCGCCUUUUCACAAUUUUUACUCAUAAAAAUGCUGUUCUACUCUUUCUUCAAGUCUCUUGUGGGAAAAGAUGUUGUAGUCGAGUUAAAGAAUGAUCUUAGCAUAUGCGGAACUUUACAUUCAGUCGAUCAAUACUUGAACAUUAAGCUUUCGGACAUAAGCGUCAUUGACCCAGACAAAUAUCCGCAUAUGUUGUCAGUGAAGAACUGUUUUAUCAGAGGCUCUGUAGUACGUUACGUGCAGUUACCGGCAGACGAAGUGGACACCCAGCUUUUGCAAGACGCGGCCAGGAAAGAAGCAACGGUUUCUACAAGAUGAACAUAACCUCAAAAUCCUAGAAUUUGUUUUGGAAGUUCGGUUGUUAUGUACGUGUAAAUAAUAAGUGUAAGCGUGAAUAAAAGUAUGUUGUAUU